GGCUGUCAGGGGAUCGUCGCUGCAUCGUGUUUCCUUCCGGAAAGAAUUUUCUGGUGCACCAACUGGCAGUUGGACUGCUAGUAAAAUCUCUGGUUUCAAGACAAGAACACAGAAACUUCUGACACGAUGGAUGAAGAGCCAGAGAGAGCCAAGCGCUGGGAAGGAGGUUAUGAAAGGACAUGGGAGGUGCUUAAGGAGGAUGAGUCUGGCUCCCUUAAAGCCACAGUGGAGGAGAUUCUGUACGAGUCCAAAAGAAAAAGGGUGACACAAAGCCAUGCACAAGUGAGGCUUGGGAUGAUGCGCCACAUAUAUGUUGUUAUUGACUGUUCACGCAGUAUGGAGGACCAGGACUUAAAACCCAACCGUCUCACCUCUACCCUGAAGCUGAUGGAGGGAUUCAUCGAUGAAUACUUUGACCAGAAUCCCAUCAGCCAGGUUGGCAUUAUCACCACCAAAAACAAAAGGGCUGAGAAGCUUACAGAACUUGCAGGAAAUCCAAAGAAGCACAUUGCUGCUCUGAAGAAAGCAGUUGACAGCUCAUGUGUCGGAGAGCCUUCCCUGUACAACUCUCUCAGCUUAGCUAUACAGACUCUCAAGCACAUGCCUGGGCACACCAGCAGAGAAAUCCUCAUCAUCCUCAGCAGCUUGACCACAUGUGACCCAGCUAACAUCUAUGAGCUAAUCAAGACCCUGAAGUCUCUUAAGGUGCGAGUGUCAGUAAUUGGCCUCUCAGCGGAAGUCCGAGUGUGCACGGUUCUGACCAGAGACACAGGUGGAUCCUACCAUGUUAUCCUAGAUGAGAGUCACUUCAAAGAGCUGCUCAUGCUUCAUGUCAAACCUCCGCCAGCAAGCUUCUCAUCGGAAAGCUCUUUAAUACGAAUGGGUUUUCCUCAGCACACUGUAGCCUCUCUGAGUGACCAAGAUGUCAAACCAUCAUUCAGCAUGUCUCAUCUGGACAGCAGUGGCGGCCCGGCUCUGACUCUAGGAGGAUACUUCUGUCCGCAGUGCCAAGCAAAAUACACCGAGCUUCCUGUGGAGUGUAAAGUCUGUGGUUUGACGCUGGUGUCUGCUCCACAUCUGGCCAGAUCCUUUCAUCAUCUGUUUCCCCUCCAAGCAUUUAUUGAGAGUCCAGCUGAGAAUUAUCAGCAGAAUAGGUUCUGUCAGGCCUGUCAAGGGCAGCUGAAAGAUAAAAAUGUCUUCGCCUGUCCUUUGUGUCGCAGUGUGUUCUGUGGAGAGUGUGAUCUCUUCAUCCAUGAAUCACUGCACUGCUGUCCCUGCUGCAUUCACAAUCGGACUGCUACAUGAGGCCCAAACAGAGGCGGUUGUAGCCAGUUUGGCGCUCUGGGCAAAACACUUUACAAGGGGGAGUGGGUGGGAUUGGGUGUUUUGUAGUAGGCACUAUUGACCAUCAGAUUCUCCGUUUGAGAGCUGUGGGGAGGGAGGCAGGAGGGGAGAAUAUACACAAUGAGAGGGGCUGGGGGCUCUCAUGCCACCCCACAAGAUAACACCCUGAGCGGUUGCCCAUUCUGCCCAUAUCAGAAACCGCCACUGGGCCCAAAGAAUCAGUCUUCCUUAUCAACCCAUCACCUCUGAUUCCUCAUGUCUGUCCUGUCAGUGAUCCCUCUGUCUGAAGAACUGGUUCUCACAACUCACGAUUUUGUUUUUCGGGUUGCAUGAAGAUCAUCCAACUAACAAUGCUUGGAAUGCUUGAAGAGCAAGAGGUUGUGUUUUUCAUUCAUCCUUUCCUUUCCAUCAAAACAUUAAGGAUAAAACUGCUGUAAAUAAUUAAAACUGGUUUGAAGCACAAAGUGCCUGAUGUGGGUUUUUACAUCAUCUGAAUCCAGAUUUGAAGUAUAGAGUUUGGACAAGUUCAAUGAAACAGUUCUUUGCACUUACUCAAAUGCUUAGACUUUCAUGUGUUUCUUGGUUGAAUUUCCAAAGUUGUACUGCAUGUUUUACCUGUACCGAUAUUAUUUUACUAUUUCUCCACAACAUUGACUUCUCCACUGCUUCUCUGCUUCAGUUAAACUUCCCACAAUCCUGUGUUGCAUCACAGUCAAGUGACCAAACAAAGACCACAUGACUAACCCCCGUCCUCCCUCUCUAAAAACAAACGGCAACAAAAAAAUAAAUAUUAGUUGUUCAUAUCGGCCCAGUUUUAUUUAUUGGACUGAUACCAAUAUGCUAAAAAUUUACCAAUCAGUCGAUACCGAUUUAAGUACCACUAUAUCAUGCGCCCCUACUCUUUUAUCUUGCUGUUUACUAUGAAAUAUUAGAAAACUGUCACUUCUAGGGUUUAAUGUAGAAAUGAUAAAAUCUGGUGAAAUAUAAACCACACUGCCACUUAAGCCAGAAUGGAAGACUGAAGAAUUAUCUAUCCCCAUUACUUCUUUUCUACCUACAUCAACUCUGAAGAAUUUAAAUUAAUAUGAGUUACAACAUUUAAUUUCCUUUCAGGGUCAAUAAAGUAUUUUUGAAUUUUCAAUUUCUGCGAAGAAUAUCCUUUUUUUUAUUGAUUUCAUGUAAUAUUAAAAUUUUGUGAGACAUUUCCAAAAAAGUAAAGGCUUGUAUUUCACUCUGUGUAAUAAAAUUGGAUAAUAAUUUUACUGACAUGAGUGACAAAAAACAUUGAACUUUGUGACAUUCUUUAUAUAUGUACAUAUAUAUAUAUUUUUGAAGAUGUACCUGUAGAUCAGAGGUACUCAAGUCCAGUUCUCAAGAGCUACCAUCCUGCAUCUUUGAGAUGCACCCUGCUCCAACACACCUGAGUGAAAUGGCUCGUUAGGCCUGUUCAGAGCUGAAUGACUGAUGGUGAGGGAAUUCAUCCAUUUGAUCCCGGUCUGUUGCAGUGAGGAUGAAUCUAAAAGUUGCAGGAGGGUAGCUCUCGAGGGCUGGACUUGAACACCCCUGCCAGUAGGUGGAUGUCAUUAGCUUUAAAUAGUGAUGGGUAAAUGAGGUGUCAUGUAUCGUUUCGACCCAAAGCAAAACUGUAUUGAUACUGUGUCGAUGCUGUGUCACUAAAUACUGACAAAUGCUAGACAUUAAAAAUCUCUACAGGCAA